AUUCGUUUAACCGAUACCAAAGUCGUGACAUCAAAUCAAUCGAUGCUAGAAAUCAAUCGCACAAUGAGCUUGCACGUAGCAUGUUGUAGUGUUAAUGUAUAAUGUCGCUAAGACAGUUUCGCGUGGAAUUCGACCGAUCAAGUGCCACAUACGCGGCUGGUGAAACUGUCGUGGGAAGAAUUAUAGUAGAUGUUGCUAGGGAAAAAAUUGUUAGAGGGCUGUUUUUCUCCGUGAAGGGUGAGGCUCAUGUUCGCUGGACAGAAGAGGAAACGGUGACCAGAGGCAAUGAGAGACGUACUCGUACCAUAGUUUUCACCAAUUCGGAGCAAUAUUUCAGCUUCAAAUACAGCAUUCUAGGUAACCAGAACUCGGGCUCACGAGUGAAAAUUGCUGAAGGACAGAAUACGUAUCAGUUCAGUUUCCAGCUACCCCAGAACAUUCCCAGCAGUUUUGAGCACCAAUACGGUCACAUAAGGUACACGGUGAAAGCUGUGAUCGACAGGCCAUGGAAGUUCGAUCACCAGAGCAAAUGCGCAUUCACGGUGGUCGCCGUAUUGGAUCUGAACGAGCACCGUGAAAUAUGCCUGGGAAUCGACGAUGAAAUUCAAAAAGAAUUCCACCUCUGCUGUUGCCUGUUCAGUAAGGGUAAAUUAAAUUCGCAUGUCAGAGUACCAAUCACCGGAUACGUUCCGGGACAAACUAUAGAAACAAUGAUAGACUAUCAAAAUCUGUCAACCAGUGUAGAGAUGACCAAGAUCAGCGUGAAGCUGGAACGAGCACUCACGUUUCAUGCCUCAUUACCGAGCUACAAAAAAAAAAGAGAGAACACCGAAAUCAAAUCUACUAGAUUGUCUGGUCCCUUUCCCACCAAUGGACAAAGCGUUAUGGAACUUCUGGUACCACCCAUACCACCAUCUAAUUUGGAAUUUUGCAGUAUCUUAGAUUUGGAAUAUAAAUUAAUUGUUAAUACUCACGUUUCGGGAAUGCACAGCAAAAUCAGCAAAAGUUACCCUAUCUUAAUUGGAACAAUACCACUGUACUCGUUCAUAAGACCAGAUCCCAUAACGAUACCGAUGCCAAUGCCACCUACCGCACCUUUUUCUCCGCCUGACGAACAACUGGAUACUUCUUCGAAGCUUCUACAUUCGGCUCCUGGUUUCGUUCAUUCAAAUCAACCAAGCACUUCUACCAACUGGGACAAUAUACCACCUCCAUCUUAUGAGGAAUGCAUGUCGAGGGCUGACAAUAUUAAAGAUCAAGAUGAGUCGAGUUACGUGAUCGGUGCGAGCGAUCCUUUUGCACCUAAGUAUCCUGUGUUCAAUUAUCCAGUGCCGAAUAUGCAUAGACAAUAAAGGAGAAAGAAGUUUCAAUCAAUGUAAAAAAACUUGUGAAUAUCUACCUCUAUAAUUCUUUAAGCUGCCUUCAUAUUCUUGUCAUUAUUUAUCUUUAUAUUUCCUAUUUAUAAUAUACAAUAUCGAGUAUAGUAGACUACCCCAAGAAAAAUGGUGAUUAACCCCCUUUUGCCGGGGUAGGGUGGAAACAUCCCUGAACAGAAGGGUUACCGACCUCCCCUGUAGUCUUAUUUGCAUUCCCCAGUUCUGAAGUUCUUGGCCCUCGCCACAAACCUUCCGACCUCCGCACGCCCAUGCUUCCCCUUAGGCGGUCCCGAGGAGACUGAUCUGAGUAGGGUAGAAGGCCCCUUAUAUAUAGACCUGUGGCGGACCACUGCUUGUACAAACGCUCGCGCGGGAAAAUUUGAAUUGAUAUUCUUGUUAUUCGCACUUUUCAGUUACAUAUACUAAAUUUUUUUUCCUUGGAAAGCCUACUUUGCUCGAUACUACAUAGUACGCAUAUAUUUACAAAUAAAUAAAUAUUUUUAUUAAUAAA